AUGAAGGAAACGACCAUCACGAUUGCCGAUGAUCGAGUGCAGAGAGAGCCGACGUCGGACGGGAUCUACAACAUUCGCUCGCACCUCGAAGAUGAAGAUCCCGUGCUGCGCAAACCGGGUGAUUUCAAGCAGAAACAGGUCUUCAAGGGGAAAGUCCUGCUGUGGCUCGCAUACCAGUCUAUCGGCGUCAUCUAUGGCGACAUCGGCACGAGCCCACUGUAUGUUUAUUCGUCCACUUUCACCGCACCGCCGUCCCAUCGGGACCUUGUCGGCGUGCUGUCCAUCAUUAUCUGGAGUCUGUUCAUGAUGGUCACCGUCAAGUACGUGCUUGUCAUCCUGCGUGCGGACAAUGACGGAGAGGGCGGAACUUUCAGCACGUACUCCCUGCUCUCUCGCUAUAUGAACAUAACCCAUCGGGAUCCCAGAGAAUCGUCGCUGGUGCAGAUCCAGCGGCAUCGCUCGGGCGAUCUCGAAUGGGCCGGUAAGCGCGUCCGGCACACUCUCGAGUCAAGCGGAAUCGCUAGAGGCAUCCUCAAGGUGGUGGGGGUACUGGCGGUGACGAUGGUCUUCUCGGAUGGCCUCCUCACCCCGGCACAAUCGGUUCUAGGGGCCGUACAAGGCAUCGAAGUCGUCUCGCCGAACAUUUCCAAGAGCACGAUCGUCGGCGUCACCGACGCUAUUCUCGUUCUCCUCUUCUUGAUCCAGCCGCUAGGGAUCACCAAGAUUAGCUUUGCCUUUGCCCCGAUCAUCAUCAUCUGGCUUGGGUUCAACGCUGUCUUUGGCGUUUAUAACCUGGUCAACUAUGAUGCGACUGUCUUCAAGGCCUUCAAUCCCGGGUACGCCUUUGAGUUUUUGAUCCGACACAGGCGUGAAGGCUGGAGGAUGCUAGGAGGCGUGCUCCUUGCCUUCACCGGCGUGGAGGCCCUCUUUGCGGAUCUAGGAGCUUUCAGCCGUCGGGCUGUUCAGCUGAGCUGGCUUUGUUAUACAUUCCCGUGUCUCUUGUUGGCAUACAUUGGCCAAGCUGCAUAUAUCAGCGUCCACCCAGAAGCCUACUCAAACCCAUUCUUCAACGCAGCACCACCGGGUACUAUAUAUCCGGCCUUGGUCAUUGCAAUCCUUGCAGCAAUUGUUGCUUCACAGGCCAUCAUUACCGCGACCUUUCAGCUUCUGUCCCAAAUAAUGAAGCUUUCGUACUUCCCUCAAAUCAAAAUUGUUCAUACGUCGGACACCUUCCACGGACAGCUCUAUAUUCCGAUCGCAAACUGGCUGUUGAUGAUCGGUACCAUUCUUAUCGCCUCGAUUUAUAACAACACCACCUCUCUCGGCAAUGCAUAUGGUGUAUGCGUCAUGUUCGUCACAUUCUUCGACACUUGUAUGGUCUCGCUGGCGGCCAUGUUUGUCUGGCGCGUGAGCCCGUACAUGGUUUUCCUUCCAUGGCUGACCAUUGCGUGCCUCGACGGAGCGUAUCUCUCUUCGGCGCUGAACAAGGUCCCCGCGGGCGCCUGGUUCACCAUUACCCUGGCAGCAGUUUUGGCCAUGAUUCUUCUGCUGUGGAGAUUCGGCAAGGAGCAGCAGUGGGCGGCAGAGGCAGAGGAUCGGUUCCCGACUUCGCAUUUUGUUGCUAGCACAUCUGAUGGGCAGCUCCGUCUGACCGACCGGUUCGAUGGUACCUCAAUCAGUACGACUCGCGGGCUAGGGAUUUUCUUCGACAAGGCCGGGGAAACGACGCCGAUCGUUUUCAGCAACUUUGUACUCAAGCUCACGGCCAUCCCCGAGGUAUCCGUCUUCUUCCACCUGCGGCCGCUGGAGGUUCCGUACGUCGCGUUCGAGGAUCGGUAUGCGGUGUCGCGGCUCGCCAUCCCCAACUGCUAUCGUCUAGUCGUCAGAUAUGGAUACAACGAUGAGAUUAUCACGCCCGACCUAGCUUCGAUCAUCGUGGAGCAGGUACGCCGAUACCUGCUCAACGAUGAGAAAACCACGCCCGACGGCAUCUCCAACACCGACUCGGACAAUCCGCCAGAGAAAUCGGCUCAUCCCGAGGUGGUCAGACUGGAGGCCGCAUACGCCCACAAAAUCCUUUACAUUCUCGGAAAGGAGGACAUGAAGAUCAAAGACGAGACGAACCUGUUCCGGAAACUUCUUCUGCGCGUUUUCCUGUGGAUUCGACACAACACCAGAAAUAAGAUGGCCAAUCUGCGGAUUCCCCCCGACAGGGUGAUUGAAGUUGGGUUUUUGAAGGACAUCUAG